AUGAGUGGAAAGGAAAGUGACAGGUGUUCGACGCCAGAAAAAACUAAGCGGAAACGAGGAGAAAGUUCCAAAACCUAUUCUCACAAAAAACAAAACUUUAGACAAGAAUGGUUAACAAAUAAAGAUUUUAGCAAUUGGUUGUUGCCAGUUAAUAAUAAUAAGUUAUUAGCUAAGUGUAAGUUAUGUAUUACAGAAAUGACUGCUGAAUUGAGUGUACUUAAAAAACAUGCUCAAACAAAAAAACACAAAAGUUCGAUGAGUUCCAUUGGUAGUAAACAAAAUUCGAUAAGUACAUUUUUAAAUAAUACAGAUCAAUUUAAGUUAGCAGAUCAAACUAAAAAAGCUGAAGUAUUACUUUGUAGUUUUAUAAGUGAACAUAAUUUACCAUUCAAUAUUAGCGAUCAUUUGGUAAAAACAUGUAAAGCAGCAUUCCCGGACUCAAAAAUUUGUUCAAAUGUAUCAUUGGCUCGUACAAAAUCAACAGCUCUUGUAUCUAAUGUUAUUGGACAUUAUUCUCUUGAAGAACUUGUUAAUGUUUUGCAAAACACAGUGUUUAGUGUGAUAAUUGAUGAAAGCACUGAUGUUGGCUGUGUGAAAACAAUGUGCAUAUGUGUAAAGUAUUUCGACAGUACAUCCAAUAUUUUCGAAACAAGAUUUUUCAAGCUCGUCCAGUUGUUUGAGGAUGUACAAAGUGCAGACAAAGGAGCUACUGGUCAAAAAAUAUUUGAUGAAGUUCUUAAAGCUUUCACACAUUCUAAAAUUUCGUUGGAUAAUUUAAUCGGAUUUGCUUCAGAUGGUUGCAACACUAUGUUUGGUGCAUCAAAUUCUGUAACAUCUAGACUAAAUGAAUUUUUGCCAGGGAUUUAUAUUCAGAAAUGUAUUUGCCACUCGCUCCAUUUAUGCGCCAGUGCUGCAUGCAAAGCUUUACCACGCACUUGUGAAGACCUUGCCAGGGACAUUUAUAAUUAUUUCAAAUCAAGCUGUAAAAGAGUAAGUCAAUUUAAGCAAUUUCAAGACUUUUGCAAUAUAUCACCUCACAAAAUGUUAAGACCAGCACAGACCCGAUGACUUUCA